AACAAACACUUCUCUCUCUCUUCUCUUCUCUUCUCUUAUCUUAUCUUUUCUUCCUCUCCCCGGAAACCGGUCGGUUUCACAUUUAGACAUACUUAUAUAAUUACGUGUCGAUUUUACAUUCAGACAGACUUAUAUCAUUACGUUCACGAACAUAAUUUUAACUUUUAUCUUUCCAUACCUUCAUUAUUUACAAUUAGACAAACAUAUAUCGUACGAUCCAGCCCGGAUAACAAUGGAAAUUGAGUCGAGUGCACCUCAAUUAGUGGCAAAAAAACUAUGGAACAUAGUGAGAAUUGUGUUCUACAUGUUGAGGAAAGCCAUGUCAAAGAGCAUACAUAUUGCUCUUCAAGACAUGUUAAAAAGAGGAAAAAUCGCUGGUAAGGCCAUUAGCAACAUCAUGUUACACCCUCACUAUUCAUCAUCUUCCUUCACAUGUAAAUCUAACAACGAUGUUGCCAUGUCAUUUGUCACACGUCGUGAAUAUGAGUUCAGUUGUAGCAAUAGCCCUGCUUUUCCUCUGUAUUUUGCCAACAAACGUAGAAGAAAUCAUAGGUACAAAUCAGAGGAAAUCGCCGUUAUGCAAAAAGUAUUUGAGAUGUUAAAUACUACUACAAAUACUGCAAAUUAUGAUGCUGCUGUUGCCUCACCUUUGGCAUUGCCUGGAUUUGGAAAAACUCCAAAUGUUAGACAAUUAAGAGUGACUGAUUCACCAUUUCCUUUAAAAGAUUCAGAGGAAAAUGAUAAUUCACAAGUUGAUAAAGAUGCUGAGGAGUUUAUUAAGAAGUUUUAUAAGGAUUUAAAGCAACAGAAGAGGAUAUCAGCUCUUGAAUCUCCAUCUCCAUAUCAUGUUUGUGCUAGAUGAAGAAAUUAGUGAAAAAAUUUCUAAGUUUUUGGGACUAGGGGUUCCAUAGCCUGCAACAAUUAACGUCGCACAAAGUCAAUAUUUGGUACGAAGAGCUUUACCCUCAAAAUGGACUUUUUGACACGAAAUUGGAUUAGUUGAAUUUCAACACGGUAACCAGACACUGGAUGGAAAAUAACAAAAUUAGUAUAUUACUAUUAUUUUUUCACUUUUUCAAGUUUUUUUUUCUCUGUGUUAUGAAGUUUAAGGAGGGGGGGGGGGGGGGGGGGGGGGGUUAGUUUGCUUGAAGAGAUGUAUGUAGUUGAUCCUAAACCAAGUUCCUUUCUUCGAUUUCUUCAUACUUCCAUGACGAAAGUGAUCCUAUCAAUUUAAUAUAAAAUACUGCAUAAUUUUAUUUGAUUAGUAUAAAUAGGUACUUAUUUAGUAGUCUAGUGAUUAAUUAAUUUAACAAACUACUCAAUUCUCAAGACUAAGGGCUGAGUUUAUUAGUAGAACCUAAUGCAGCAACAAACACACUUUGUUUCUGAGUCUUUGGAGCUUCAUGGGUUAAUUAAAAACAACUAGUAGAAGAUAUGUCCACUACUAUUAUUAGUUGACUUAGUAGGUUUUGUUGACCACAUAGCCCACAGUUUAAUUAAGACAAUUAGAUGUUAACUAUGUCAUUCUUUAUCUAAUUACAAUCUCUAAUGACGUAAACAAUAGUAUAGAGUUGUACUGCUCUUAUCGUGCACAAAAACUUAUCCUUUUAGAUUUAAGUUAUAUAUCUCACACUUGUAAAGAAAUUUUGUACGUAUUUAAUAUCAAUGCAAUUUGACUGAGUG